AUUCACGUUUCUUUGAAGUUUGAAGCAACUGUCAGACAUUUUAUUGUUAUAGUUCAAAAUUACCAAUAGUCAACGAAUAAUGAUUAAUUCAACGGAUGAGGAAAUUGUCAAGCCAGAUACGCCGCCAGAAUUAUAUUCAUGUCCCGAUAAACAAUCACGGUCUUUGCGUGAAUAUGACGAGGAGUUGCAUAAUUUACGGAAAGAGAACUUCAAUUUGAAGCUUCGAAUUUUCUUUCUCGAAGGAAAACCACAGGGAACGAACAUAUGUCCAAGUACUGGCCCAAAAACGAAUCAUGAACAAUUUUCCAAUCAAAAUCUUAAAGUUGAGAAUAAGGAGCUUCGAAAAGAGCUACAAGAAAAACAAAAUUUGCUGCACGAGGCAGCACAUGCAAUUGAAGUUUUGGAAAACUCCUUGAAAAGACAACAAGAGCUGAAUAACAUUACGAUAACUGAACUUGCAGAUGAAAUAAAAUAUAUAGAGGUAACAUAUAAACUGCUGAGAAUAUUUGUUGGAUGUGUUUCAUAGUUGAUGACUAUGACU